AUGACUACAGGUGAAACUUGUCACACUAAAUGCUCAUCUGACACAUGGGGAUAUAACUGCAGUCAACCAUGCCAAUGUCAGAAUGAUACUUCAUGUAAUCACGUGAACGGCAACUGCAACUGUACUUCUGGGUGGAUGGGCAGCUCUUGCUCAGAAUUGACUUUUAUGGCAAAGAUUGCAAACAACAAUGUGACUGUGAAUUUAAUGACUGUAACCCCAGGAAUGGAAGUUGUCAGUGUCCAAAGGGUUGGACUGGACUUCGAUGUGAUCAGAGUUGUAAGUCUGGAUUUUAUGGCCGUGAUUGUGAAAAUCGGUGUCACUGUCAACGUGCAGUUUGUGAUCGCUUUAAUGGCACAUGUGAUUGCCCUGCUGGAUGGACUGGAAGUGAUUGCAGCCAAAUUUGUGUUAGCCUGUGAUUUUAUUGCUCUCAAACAUGUGUGUUUGGGCAAGAGGGCAGGCAGGCAGCUGGCGGAUUGUCCUAAAGGUAGCUUUGGUAAACGUUGUCAGAAUUCAUGCAAUUGCAAGUUUCACUGCCAUCCUGUGACUGGAUCUUGCAUUUGCCCUGUUGGAUGGACAAAGUGUGAUCAUAUGACUGGCAACUGCAGUUGUACUUCUGGCUGGACUGGCAAUAUGUGCUCAGAACGUCGAUGCUCUUUGAUUGCAUUUUGUUCACAUGUUCUGCUGGCUUCUACGGUGAAGACUGCCAACACAAUUGCAGCUGCAAAUUCGAUGACUGCAAUAGAUUUAAUGGUACUUGUAUUUUAUGGUCCCAAUUGUCAACUCCAAUGUCAUUGUCAACAAGGAACUUGUGAUCGUUUUGAUGGAAGGUGCACAUGUCUUUCAGGAUGGACAGGAGAUGACUGCAGUCAAGCUUGCAAACCUGGAUUUUUUGGACGAAAUUGUCAGGAGAAGUGCAGCUGCAAACGAGGAAGUUGUGAUCGCUUCCGUGGAACUUGUGACUGUCCUGCAGGAUAG